GUGUGUGUGUGUGUGUGUGAGAGAGAGAGAGAGAGAGAGAGAGAGUGUGAGUGUGUGUGUGUGUGUGUGUGUGUGAGAGAGAGAGAGAGAGAGAGAGAGAGUGUGUGUGUGUGUGGAUGAUCAUGUGGACGCGUGAGUCGCGGGGAAGGAUGGGUGCUCGCGUGUGAGCCGCAGCGAGACGGCUUUAAUUCACAGCAGAAACCAUCGACGCGUUCUGCUGCGUCGCCGCUGAGAUCCGCCAGCAUGCCUGCAGAUGUCCAGGAGGUGAGUGCCUCCAUUCCCCGCGACUGCAGCAUGUGGAGGAGACGCCUGCAUGACGCCGAUGCGGCUGCUGUAACGUGCCGUUGUGAUUGCAGCCAGAUUCGGAGGAACCACCAGCCGACCCGUCAAAUCCAGACACUAAGGAGCGGACAGAGGAAGCUCUUCCGGCGGACACGCCAUCCUCAGACGUGUCCACAAUCACCUCCGACCCCGGAAGCUCGGAGAACACUGACGCUCAUACUGAGAGUUCAGGCAUCGGGAUGGAGAAGUCAUCCAGUCCUGAUACAGAAUCGAACCCGCUCAGCACCAGCAGCUCUAAUGAACAGGUCGUGUCACCUGGACUGAAGGAAAGUUCAUCAUCAGGAUUGGACGACUCUCAAACAUUGUGCCCAGACCAAGCUACGGCACCCAAUACAUCGAACGAGAAGGACCCGGCUCACCCUGAGCCCAGCUUGACCACUGACCCAGCUAACGAGAAUGCCAAGGAUCAUUCAGCUGCGUUCAACACUCACAAUAAUCACAGCAGCACUUUACUGCAUAGAUUCCCGUUCCAGCCGACAUAUUCAAACCUGCCCGCCCGGAACUACCUUCCAGAGAACUGCUACACGCUGCCGCUACACCGUGAUAGCUUCGCCCGAGGCGGGCACACUAUGCCAGCCUGUAACGGCGCAUCUAAAGGUGAGCAGGAGUCUGCCGUAGCCGCCGUCAGCCAUCCGAUCUUAGGCGGGACUCUCCGUUUGAGACCGUCUCUGGAUCUCACUGUGGAUGAUCACCUCGGGCCGCUGCCACACCUGUAUUUCCAGGAUUUGAACAGGAUGCAGACGCUCAUUCCGCAGAAACGUGCCAGCACGGUGAGUCUGGACACGAUGCGUAAGGACCCACGUUGGAGAGACCCGAACUUGCGUGAGGUCAUUGCCAUGUUGAGUCACCCGAUGGACCCGGUGAAGUCCAACGCCGCGGCGUACCUGCAGCACCUGUGCUACGAGAAUGAUAAUGUCAAGCAAGAGGUAAGGCAGCUCGGAGGAAUCCCCAUCCUGGUGGGGCUCCUCGACCACCCCAAACCAGAGGUCCAUCGCAAGGCUUGCGGCGCGCUGAGGAACAUCUCGUUUGGCAGGGACAGUUUCAACAAGGUGGCCAUUAAGAAUUCCAACGGCAUUCCGGCUCUGCUGAGACUCCUGCGGAUGACGAGCGACGUGGAGGUUAGAGAGCUCGUCACAGGAACCCUGUGGAAUCUCUCCUCGCACGAGCCUCUGAAGAUGAUGGUCAUAAACCACGGGCUGCAGACGCUCACGGAGGAGAUCAUCAUUCCACACUCGGGUUUGAGGGGCGACCCCAACGACCCCGCCACACCUGGAGAUCCGGAGUGGAACACGGUCUUCAAGAAUACGUCCGGAUGUUUGAGGAACGUGAGUUCAGAUGGCGCCGAUGCGCGUCAGAGACUGCGCGAGUGUGAGGGACUCGUGGACGCGCUUCUACACGCGCUUUAUUCUGCUGUUGCCAAGAGAGACAUAAAUAACAAAUCGGUGGAGAACUGCGUUUGUAUUCUGCGGAACCUCUCCUACCACGUACACAAGGAGGUGCCCGGAGCUGAAAAAUGUCAUAUGCAUGAAGCCAAUCACACUGUGAAAUCAGGCGGCCCCUACAAGAAGAAAGAGGAGUCGGACCGCUUCAACGGACGCGCAACCAAAGGCAAACGACACGCAGUGAGUGAGAAGAGCAGCGGUGUCGAUCUGCCCAAGAGGAGUUCACCCAUGAAAGGCCUGGAGCUUCUGUACCUGCCGGAGGUGGUGCGACUUCACCUGUCACUCCUCAAACUGAGCCAGAACCACAAUACGCUGGAGGCUGCGGCCGGAGCGCUUCAGAACCUGUCUGCUGGACACUGGGCCUGGUCCAAUUAUAUCCGAGCGAUUGUGCGUAAGGAGAAAGGUCUGCCGGUGCUCGUCGAGUUGCUUCAUUCUGAUGCGGAUAAAGUGGUGCGAGCGAUCGCCAUCGCACUGAGAAAUCUCGCCAUCGACCACAAAAACAAAGAUCUCAUUGGGAGUUACGCCAUGAGGGAUCUGGUCAGUAAUCUGCCCUGCGGUCAGCAGCGACCUGCCAAAAACCUGGAGGGAGACACGGUGGUGGCCCUUCUGAAUACUGUACUGGAGAUCAUCUCAGAAAACAUGGAGAACGCACGAUUCCUCAUUCAGGGACAGGGAAUCCAGAAGCUCAUUUCAAUCAAUAGAACCAGCCAAUCAGUGCGUGAGACCAAAGCCACGUCACAGAUUCUGCGGACAGUUUGGGCGUAUAAAGACCUGCGACACGCUCUCUGUAAAGUGGGCUGGAAUAAAACUCACUUUAAGCCGGCCGUGUCUGGGCUGCCAAAAAAACCAGCAAAGAAUGCAAAACAAGACAACGAUGACAUCACACUUCCUUUAAUGGAGAAAAACCAAGAUGUUUACUGCACUGUUGAUCAGACAGAGAGAGUUGAAAUCGCUCCGUGUCAUAUGAUCGAACGGGAAACAUUUCAGGCUGUGAAUGAUAAGAGACACUUCAUCAGACCGGCGGUGGGUUUAGUGGAGAGAACAGCUCAGCCGCUGGACUCAUGGGUCUGAAACACUCUACAGUAAAUCUACAUCAUCACACGCCUCUGUGCUUCUGCCUUUGGGCUGUGAACCAUUCAACUAAUUGUAAAGCUGUUUGACUUAUUCAUGAUAAAGCUGCACUUUUAUCAUUUAUUUGACAUGUUCUGUUCCUCUUUACAGGUUGGAGAGUCACUUGCACAAUUCAUUCAUCGAACGACAGAAAUGCAAAAUACAGCAUCAGAUCAGUUCAUUUACACACAAAUACAUCCAUGGAAAAUUACAUUUCAGAGCACUUGAGGCAAUAUUGGGGUUUAAUUUGUUCUGAAAGUAAAAUAUUAUUCUUUGCUGCUUUAAAUCUUCACUGAUAAAUUCAAGAAAUGAUAAGAAAUGGUUUAUACUGUUUAUUGUAUGAUUAAGUCUUUAUUCCCCAUAUUACGAUCUCUUGAGUUGUAUAAAAGUGCUCCACUACAAUCAUUCUCAGAUCAUUUCUAUAUCAAGAUUUGUGCACAAAACAGAUAAAGUCAUAAUAUAUUAUGAUGAAGAUUAAUAUGAGGCUCAUAGUCUACAUAAAAAUGUACCUAUUAUAGAAUAUAUCACAAACAAUAUCAGAGAUUUCUCUAGUCAUACUAAAUUUGUUUCAUAACAUCUGUGAUUAAAUUGCUUGUAAAAAUAAAAUCAGUGAGUUUUAUCUAUUCUUAAUGAAUCUUUAUUGUGACUCGAACAGAAAAUAAAAUGAAAUGAAAUUAAAUGUCUUUUGAGGGAAAUUUUAUAUCAAACCAGUAAUGACGCGCAAUCAGCUGGUAUUAUAGAGUCAAAAGAAAAGAGUUGAUUUGAAAGAAAAAGUAGAAAAAGAGGCGAUUCUAUAGAAAAGAGUUGAUUCAAUAGAAAAGAUUCGAUUCAAAAGAAAAAGUAGAAAAAGAGGCGAUUCAAUAGAAAAGAGUUGAUUCAAUAGAAAAGAGUUGAUUCAAAAGAAAAGUCGAUUCAAAAGAAAAAGUAGAAAAAGAGGUGAUUCAAUAGAAAAGAGUUGAUUCAAUAGAAAAGAGUUGAUUCAAAAGAAAAGAGUUGAUUCAAUAGAAAAGAUUCGAUUCAAAAGAAAAAGUAGAAAAAGAGGUGAUUCAAUAGAAAAGAGUUGAUUCAAAAGAAAAGUCGAUUCAAAAGAAAAAGUAGAAAAAGAGGUGAUUCAAUAGAAAAGAGUUGAUUCAAUAGAAAAGAGUUGAUUCAAAAGAAAAGAGUCGAUUCAAUAGAAAAGAGUUGAUUCAAUAGAAAAGAUUCGAUUCAAAAGAAAAAGUAGAAAAAGAGGUGAUUCAAACGAAAUAGUAAAAGAAGAGUCGAUUCAAAAGAAAAGAGUCGAUUCAAUAGAAAAGAGUCGUAAAAGGAAAAGUAGAAAAGAAAAGAGUCGAUUCAAAAGAAAAGAGUCGAUUCAAAAGAAAAGAGUCGAUUCAAAAGAAAAGAGUCGAUUCAAACGAUCGCCGUUAGAAGCGUUUUUUAAACGCAGCGCGUCGGUUUACGGUGUUCAUUUGAGUCGCUUCACUGAAACUUCAGAUCCUGAACAGCAGAAAUGAGUAAAAAUCAUCGAUCAACAAACGAAAUGAGCUCGAGGAGAAACUCUGCAGGUAUGAAUGCUGUACAACAUUAAUUAUUCUGUAAAUACAGUUUAACACUUUAU